AUAUUGCAGUCGAGAGAUAGCGGGAGCACAGAUGCGAGCUCUCGAGCUUCCGUUGACUGUGUUCCUCAUCGAAGAGCUCCGAAAGGCUGGGAAGGGAAGAGCACAGUUGAUUCUCUUGACGUCUGAAUGCGUUGUGUACUGAAAUGACGGCUUUACGACGUGUUUAACAGGUCGGCGUACUCCCAUGACAAUGCACCGGACAACGAGAAUCAAGAUAACGGAGCUAAAUCCUCAUUUGAUGUGUGUUUUAUGUGGAGGAUACUUCAUUGAUGCGACCACUAUUGUUGAAUGUUUGCAUUCGUUCUGCAAAAUGUGCAUUGUCCGGUAUUUGGAGACCAGCAAAUAUUGUCCUAUUUGUGAUGUCCAAGUUCAUAAAACAAAACCCCUCCUCAACAUCAGGUCAGAUAAGACCCUUCAGGACAUUGUUUACAAGCUGGUGCCUGGUUUGUUUAAAAAUGAGAUGAAAAGGAGAAGGGAUUUUUAUGCUGAACAUCCCGUUGAUGCUACUAAUGGUUCCAAUGAGGACAGAGGAGAGGUGUCAGAUGAAGACAAGAGAAUCAUUGCUGAUGAUGAGAUCAUCAGUCUGUCCAUUGAGUUUUUUGAUCAGAAAAAGCUUGAUGGUAAAGAUGGGGAAGAAAAAGAAUCCACAAAAGAGGUGACUGUAAAGCGUUACUUACAAUGCCCUGCAGCUAUGACAGUAAUGCAUCUCAGAAAAUUUCUUAGAAGUAAAAUGGAUAUACCAUGUACCUUUCAGAUUGAAGUUAUGUAUGAAGAUGAGCCUUUGAAAGAUUAUUACACUCUUAUGGAUAUUGCUUAUAUUUACACAUGGAGAAGGAAUGGGCCAUUGCCUUUGAAGUACAGAGUUCGACCGGGCUGCAAAAAAAUCAAGUUGAGCAGUCCCAGGAAUGAUAUGAGUGGUGGCAGAAGGCCUGAUACGGAAAGUGAUUCCAGCAGUGACAAACCAAACAGCCCGAGUAUUGUUGCUGCCCCGUCUACAUCAUCCUCUAUGCCCAGCCCAAACACCCCUGUCCAGUCUACACACCCCAGCUUCCCUCACAUCUCCACCAUUAAUGGAGUCUCUGCCAAAGUGGGCCACAAUGGCCAAACACCUUUCAGCAGCAAAGUCUGCAAAACUUCUCAUAAUGGCUCUAACUCUCUUGGGUGAUUUGCUCAUGGAUGCCAAAGCCAUCGAUGCCAUGAAAACAGAGCUGUGAUGUAUAUGCUUUCUUUAUAAACCACCUCUUUUUGUAUCAUUUUUAAAUAUAUUUGUUUUGUCACCACGUGUGAGGACUGGUAACACAGCAUUGUUUGUGUUAUAUUUUGUAUUGAAUAACUAAUAUUGUGAAGAGUACAGGAUGAGAACUCGAAAAGAAGGAGAAUGUAUCUAGAUGUUUUUAUAAACUCUGUCUUGUUCAUUUAGAUUAGAGUGCCAGUGUAUAUAAAUCAUUUAUUUUUUUCCAUGACUUCUCCGUUGAAUUAGCGGCACAACCAAUGUUUUGUUUAUAUUCAGAUUUUCUUUCCAGGCGAAAAGUGUAAAACCAAAACUACAUUUGCAAAAGGGCAACAAUGCAGCGUCAGUAUUGUUUCGGAUAAACUCAAACUGUAAUAAUAAUGGAAAAAAAAUCUGCUAUGUACGUGCUCCUCACAUAAGUUGAGAAAUGUUUUCAUUUUCUCGGUGUUAUGGCGCGGGGAUUUAAAGUAGGCUAAAUAGCCUUAUAAAUAGCCUUAAGUUCAGUUUUCUGUCUUGUUCUACAUUUCUGUCCAAACGGUUAAAACCAAUGUAUAAUUUACUGUUGUACAAUAUGAAACCUUUGUCUAAAUAAACAUUUUACUUUUUUAUUACUAAA